CGAACAGAAGCACAGAGUGCAAAUGGUAUUUGGAUUGAAAGUUUCUAUAGCUGCAGCUGAUUAAAUAACUUAACUAAUAAUGCGGACACAUCUGCUUUCGUUUUGGCUGUCUGUGGCUACAAUAUCAUUAGGUAAAGGUAUACACAAAGCAAAUGCAGUCAGGGUCGAUUACGAUGCUGAGAUGAGAGAGUUCAUGAACGCUCUACCGAACCUCGAUGAUACUCCCUAUGGCUUAGGACAGCGAUCGGAUAUCUCUACGGAACCGGAGGAGGAUGAUAUUUUGGCAAGCCUGGAUGAUGAGUAUGAGGAGGCUAAGCAUUACGCCUGGAACACUUGUGACAAGGAUCUCAGCGAAUCGCGGGGAAUCGGGAAGUUUCUGGACCUACCAUUUAUAAAAAAGAUAGCGAGUAACCUGAAUCCAUUUGGCAGCAAGAAUCUUCGCAUGCACUUCUACCUCUUUAAGAGGGAGUUCCCAGAGUGUGGCAGGGAGGUGAAUUUCUCAAUCGAGCGGAAGUGGAAGCACUGUGGCUUUAAUGCUUCUCUGCCCACAAGGUUGAUGAUACAUGGUUGGAUGAGCCAGUCGCGUGGCUCUUUCAAUCGGGAUGUGAAAAAUGCAUACCUGAAAAAAGGGGAGUACAAUGUGAUCGUUGCCGAUUGGAGUUCAAGUUCAGCUAAUAUAAACUACUUUUCGGUGGUAAAGCUUAUAGAGACCCUUGGAGCUCAGUUGGCCCAAUUUAUAAGGGACCUUAAUCGUCAGUUUGGAGGUGACUUUGACAACAUGUAUCUUAUUGGUCAUUCCUUGGGAGCACAGAUCGCUGGUUCUGCCGGGAAACGUUUGAAACCGAAUCAGGUAAAUACCAUAUUUGCUUUGGAUCCCGCAGGUCCAAAGUUUCGUCAUCGCGGAACCGAAUUUCGGAUAGAUCCCAGCGAUGCAAUGUUUGUGGAGUCUAUGCAUACGAGUGCUAACUUUGGAUUUCGUCGGCCUACAGGCAAUGCGACCUUUUAUCCAAACUAUGGAGCCUUUCAGCUUAGUUGCUACUACCUAGGCUGCUCCCAUAUUCGAUCAUAUCAGAUGUUCGCCGAGUCCAUUAAUUCGGCUUUGGGAUUCUGGGGGACGCCUUGCACCCGAGAUAAUAGUAGGUGGCAGUGCGACCAGAGCCAGCGACAAUCCAUCCAGAUGGGAGGUGAGCCUUCGAUUCAUAAAGAAGGAAUCUUCUACGUGAAGACCUCCGCCAGUGAUCCAUUCGCCCUUGGAAAGCAAUAAGUCGCAUAUUUAAAUCAAAUAAUUAAAUCAAACUUUGAUUACAAUUAUUUCAAAAGAAGAGAGAACGCUAUAGUCGACUGUCCCGACUAUCUGAUACCCGUUACUCAGCUAUUAGAAGUGCGAAGGAGAGUCUUCAACACUGAAAGUUUUUGGUGGUUUGUGGGCGUAAAAGUAGG